UUGAAAGCGGUAAACGACUGUUACGAACAUCUGUUUCCACUGAUUUUUUUCAUGCAUUCCCGAAAUGUCUUCUUUGCAACUAAAGUUGGUUUCUCUUCUUGUUCAGGACCAUUUUGGAGAUGCUGUAGAGAAAGUUUGUUCGCACAUUCUGAAACAUGGAUCGAAUAAUUUUCGGAGUAUAGUCUGUGCGACAAACGAAAAACCAGAACAGGUCAAAAAGGCAUUAUGUGUGUUAAUUCAGCAUAAUAUUGUGAAGUUUGGCUUGAGCAAGCGUGGAAUUGUUGAGUAUACUGCGGAUGUUGAGAAGGCUCUACUGAUAAUCCGUUACCCACGAUACAUCUACUGUGCUAAGAAUCUGUAUGGGGACAUUGGAGAGCUGAUUGUGGAGGAAGUUUUGCAUCAUGGACAGAUACUUAUGAGCCAUGUCAUUGAAAAGGUCAAGGUCAGAUUGAAAGAGGCUCUGGAAGGAAAUCAACUAGAACCUACAGCAAUUAGAGAUAAGUUUAUUGACCUUGUCAAUACCCACUUCUUGCAGAGGUUGCCAUCUUUGGAAGCUGAAGAUGAUGAAGAAAGUAAAGUAGUGCCCCCUGUUCCAUGUCUAUCUAUCUUUGAUUCUGACUUGUAUAGGGUACCAGAGACUACAGGAGGUAAGAGAAAGAGGUCUCUGGAUGAUGAUAAAGGAAGCAGCAAGAAAGUAAGGAGAUCAUCUGGAGGAAGAGAACAAGAUACAGAGGUGCCUCUUGAUGAUGGAAUCUACUGGAAGGUGAAUUUUGAACGUUUUCACCGUUAUUUCAGAGAUCAAGAUAUCAUCUUGGCUAUGACACAGAGAAUAGACAAGACUGCUGGAGAAGUGGUUGGUACAAUGCUCAGGAUGAGUGAACUCACGACAGACUUCAUGGCCAGGGAAACCAAACCUCUCUCAUUCCAUGAUAUCUUACGACAAAUGCCCAAGAAGCUAGACAACAGGCAGCUGGAACAAUACAUGAAACUAUUACUUGAUGACCAGACGAUGAUAGUAAGGAAGUAUGGGGAUGCUGGAGGAGGAAUGUAUGAGAUAGACUUGGAGCAGGCUUCAAGGAUCAUAUGUACGGCAAACAUUGAGUCAGUGGUUCAGGAGAGAUUCGGGUCCAAGAGCUUCCGUAUUUUCAAGACACUUCUCAAGAAAAAGUACCUGGAACAAAAACAGAUUGAGAACUUUGCUUUGAUUCCUGCAAAGGAAGCCAAGGAGCUUGUUUAUCAGAUGUUUACAGAGAACUUUAUCACCGUCCAAGAGAUCCCUCGUACUCCAGACCACGCUCCCUCAAGGACCUUCUACCUCUUCACGGUUGACCUGUGUCAGGUCACCUUUAUGUUGGCAGAGAGGUGUUAUAAGUCACUGAUCAACCUCAUGACAAGGCGCCAUUUUGAAUCGGCUGAAAACAAGAGAUUGAUUGAGAAGGAGCAGAAGGUGGAGGCCAUAACAGCAUCCAUGCAAGGAUCAGGGGCCGAUCCUGCUCAACUUGAAGAGAUAGAGAAGACAUUGACACAAUUAGAGAAAGAACAACUACAGAAAUACAAAGGAAGGAUAGCUAAGUUAGAACAGAGUGAGCUACAGACAGACCAAACCAUAUUUAUACUCAACUCUUUUUUACUUCAAGAAGCAGUGGGAAGAUUAUAACACCUGUUUUCUUUGUGAACUGUAUGAACUUUUGUACCUUGACAAACCCGCACAUACAUACGUACAUGUAGAUGAAGAAGAAGGAAAAUAUUUGAAGGACAUUAUUGAUAUCAACUCAGAAGACCUUUCCUACAUGUACUUCAUGAAGUUCCUUUUGAAGUUUGAUGACAUCCUGUGGAAAAACAUGUAUGUGUAAAGAGAAGAAGAGAAGAAAAAUAGUUAGAGGUUAUCUCAUUUGAAGUCAAAGUACCUUUUAGCUCAUCCGGCCCGAAGGGCAAGAUGAGCUUAUGCCGUGGCGUCCGUCGUCCGUUGUCUGUUGUCCGU